UUUUUUUUUUUUUUUGGUUUGCCGGAUCCGCCAUAUUGAAGAGGACGGGCAACCGCGGCUGCGGAAGCUAGUCUCCGCCGUCGCCGGAGCCGCAGCCUCCCCGCACCCGGCCCGUCCGGGCCUCUGCCGCGCGGAGCCCCUCCCCGCCUCGUUCAGCUCACAGGCCUCGCGGGAGGCGGCCGCCUCAGCGCCCGGUGCUUUGCUCGGCGCCGGGAGCGAGGAGCAAGCCGCCGCAAAGCGACCAGGCCCGGAGCGGGGACAGAGGCGGUGAUCAGUGGAAGGUGAAGCCGCCACUGCGGGAGGAGGAGCAGGAGGAGGUGACGCAGGAGAAACGCACCGCCCGGAGCCCGUCUGCGCUCAGAGAGAGCCCCAGCCCGAGGCGAGAAGGGGGAAGAGGGCCGCCGCCGGCUAAGGAGGAGGAGGAGGCGGCCGCAGCCACCGCUGCUGCAGGGCGGGCGCGGCGAGCAGCGAAUUCCGGCGUCGCUGUGCAGCCCCCUGGUCCCUACGCCUGCAGCCUCUCGACACACUUUGUCACCCGUCACCCUUGGGCCUGGGAUGCACCCACGGUCGGCCUUGUCCCGGGACUGAGCCUUGCUGCCGCUUCCGCGUGUUCUGCUUGUGAAGAGAAGACGCCUGUGUCGUGCGGUUAUGCAAUGGUCUCUGCAAGAUGGUUUAUUCUUGAAUUGGAGCUUUUUAAGACUGACAAAUGCUGGUACUUCAUCUUCUAUAAGUGGACUAUAAUUUCUUUUUUCAAGACAACUACAUAAGCAGACAAAAUUGCAAAGAUCUGCCCUGUGUCGAGUAUGACAGCCACGACUCGUGGCUCUCCUGUAGGAGGGAAUGACAACCAGGGCCAGGCUCCUGAUGGACAGUCUCAGCCCCCCCUCCAACAGAAUCAGACUUCAUCGCCUGAUUCUUCCAAUGAAAAUUCCCCGGCAACUCCCCCAGAUGAACAAGGUCAAGUUGAUGCCCCACCACAGCUUGAAGAUGAGGAACCUGCAUUUCCACAUACUGACCUGGCAAAGUUGGAUGACAUGAUCAAUAGGCCUCGAUGGGUGGUUCCAGUUUUGCCGAAAGGGGAAUUAGAAGUGCUUUUAGAAGCUGCUAUUGAUCUUAGUAAAAAAGGCCUUGAUGUUAAAAGUGAAGCAUGUCAGCGAUUUUUUCGAGAUGGGCUAACAAUAUCUUUCACUAAAAUCCUUACAGACGAGGCAGUGAGUGGCUGGAAGUUUGAAAUUCAUAGGUGUAUUAUCAACAAUACUCAUCGCCUGGUGGAGCUAUGUGUGGCCAAGUUGUCCCAAGACUGGUUUCCACUUCUAGAACUUCUCUCCAUGGCCUUAAAUCCUCAUUGCAAAUUCCAUAUCUACAAUGGUACACGUCCAUGUGAAUCCGUUUCCUCAAAUGUUCAGUUGCCUGAAGAUGAACUCUUUGCUCGUUCUCCAGACCCUCGAUCACCAAAAGGUUGGCUCGUGGAUCUUCUCAACAAAUUCGGCACUUUAAAUGGGUUUCAGAUUUUGCAUGAUCGUUUUAUUAAUGGAUCAGCAUUAAAUGUUCAAAUAAUUGCAGCCCUUAUUAAACCAUUUGGACAAUGCUAUGAGUUUCUCACUCUUCAUACGGUGAAAAAGUACUUCCUUCCAGUAAUAGAAAUGGUUCCACAGUUUUUAGAAAACUUAACUGAUGAAGAACUGAAAAAAGAAGCAAAGAAUGAAGCCAAAAAUGAUGCUCUUUCAAUGAUUAUUAAAUCCUUGAAAAAUUUAGCUUCGAGGGUUCCAGGACAAGAAGAAACUGUAAAAAAUUUAGAAAUAUUUAGGUUAAAAAUGAUACUUAGAUUAUUGCAAAUUUCUUCUUUUAAUGGAAAGAUGAAUGCACUUAAUGAAGUUAAUAAGGUGAUAUCUAGUGUAUCGUACUACACUCAUCGGCAUGGUAAUCCUGAGGAGGAAGAAUGGCUCACAGCUGAACGAAUGGCAGAGUGGAUACAGCAGAACAAUAUUUUAUCCAUAGUCUUGCGAGAUAGUCUUCAUCAACCACAGUAUGUAGAAAAGCUAGAGAAGAUUCUUCGUUUUGUCAUCAAAGAAAAGGCCCUGACCUUACAAGAUCUUGAUAAUAUCUGGGCAGCGCAGGCGGGGAAGCAUGAAGCCAUUGUGAAGAAUGUACAUGAUCUACUGGCAAAGUUGGCAUGGGAUUUUUCUCCUGAGCAACUUGAUCAUCUUUUUGAUUGCUUUAAGGCCAGUUGGACAAAUGCAAGUAAAAAGCAGCGAGAAAAGCUACUUGAGCUGAUACGUCGUCUUGCAGAAGAUGAUAAAGAUGGUGUGAUGGCACACAAAGUGUUGAACCUCCUGUGGAAUCUGGCCCAUAGUGAUGAUGUGCCUGUAGACAUCAUGGACCUGGCUCUCAGUGCCCACAUAAAAAUACUAGAUUAUAGUUGCUCCCAGGACCGUGACACACAGAAGAUACAGUGGAUAGAUCGCUUUAUAGAAGAACUUCGUACAAAUGACAAAUGGGUAAUUCCUGCACUGAAACAAAUUAGAGAAAUUUGUAGUUUGUUUGGCGAAGCACCUCAAAAUUUGAGUUCUUCUCGUUUCAGUCAAACUCAGCGAAGUCCCCAUGUAUUCUAUCGCCAUGACUUAAUCAAUCAACUUCAGCACAAUCAUGCCCUAGUUACUUUGGUAGCAGAAAACCUUGCAACUUAUAUGGAAAGCAUGAGACUAUAUGCUAGAGACCAUGAAGACUAUGACCCACAAACUGUGAGGCUGGGAAGUAGAUAUAGUCAUGUUCAAGAAGUUCAAGAACGGCUUAACUUCCUUAGAUUUUUAUUGAAGGAUGGCCAACUGUGGCUCUGCGCUCCUCAGGCAAAGCAAAUAUGGAAAUGCUUAGCAGAGAACGCAGUUUACCUUUGUGAUCGUGAAGCCUGUUUUAAGUGGUAUUCCAAGUUGAUGGGCGAUGAACCAGACUUGGAUCCUGAUAUUAAUAAGGACUUCUUUGAAAGCAAUGUACUUCAGCUUGAUCCUUCUCUACUGACUGAAAAUGGAAUGAAAUGUUUUGAGCGAUUCUUCAAAGCUGUGAAUUGUCGAGAAGGAAAACUAGUAGCAAAAAGGAGAGCAUAUAUGAUGGAUGAUUUGGAGUUAAUAGGAUUAGACUACCUUUGGAGGGUGGUGAUUCAGAGUAAUGAUGAUAUUGCCAGCAGAGCUAUAGAUCUCCUUAAAGAGAUAUACACGAACCUUGGUCCAAGGCUACAGGUCAAUCAGGUGGUAAUCCAUGAAGACUUCAUUCAGUCUUGCUUUGAUCGUUUGAAAGCCUCCUAUGACACACUGUGUGUUUUGGAUGGUGACAAAGACAGUAUUAAUUGUGCAAGACAGGAAGCUGUUCGAAUGGUUCGAGUACUAACUGUGUUACGGGAGUAUAUAAAUGAAUGUGACAGUGAUUAUCAUGAGGAAAGAACAAUUCUACCUAUGUCAAGAGCUUUCCGUGGUAAACACCUUUCUUUUAUAGUUCGAUUUCCAAACCAGGGCAGACAGGUUGAUGACUUGGACGUAUGGUCUCAUACAAAUGAUACAAUCGGUUCAGUACGACGAUGUAUUCUCAAUCGUAUCAAAGCCAAUGUAGCUCAUACAAAAAUUGAGCUCUUUGUAGGCGGUGAACUGAUAGAUCCUGCAGAUGAUAGAAAGUUGAUUGGACAGUUAAACUUAAAGGAUAAAUCACUAAUUACAGCCAAACUUACACAAAUAAGUUCCAAUAUGCCUUCAAGCCCUGAUAGUUCUUCUGAUUCCUCAACUGGAUCUCCUGGAAACCAUGGUAAUCAUUACAGUGAUGGUCCCAAUCCAGAAGUGGAAAGCUGUUUGCCCGGGGUGAUAAUGUCACUGCAUCCCAGAUACAUCUCUUUCCUUUGGCAAGUUGCAGACUUGGGUAGCAGCCUAAAUAUGCCCCCUCUUAGAGAUGGAGCAAGAAUACUUAUGAAACUUAUGCCACCAGAUAGCACAACAAUAGAAAAAUUAAGAGCUAUUUGUUUAGACCACGCCAAACUUGGAGAAAGCAGCCUUAGUCCAUCUCUUGACUCGCUUUUCUUUGGUCCUUCAGCCUCACAAGUGCUAUACCUAACAGAGGUAGUCUAUGCCUUGUUAAUGCCUGCUGGUGCACCUCUGGCUGAUGAUUCCUCUGAUUUUCAAUUUCACUUCUUGAAAAGUGGUGGCCUACCCCUUGUCCUGAGUAUGCUAACCAGAAAUAACUUCCUACCAAAUGCAGAUAUGGAAACUCGAAGGGGUGCCUACCUCAAUGCUCUUAAAAUAGCCAAGCUGUUGCUAACUGCCAUUGGCUAUGGCCACGUUCGAGCUGUGGCAGAAGCUUGUCAGCCAGGUGUGGAAGGCGUGAAUCCCAUGGCGUCGGUCAACCAAGUUACUCAUGAUCAAGCAGUGGUGCUACAAAGUGCCCUUCAGAGCAUUCCUAAUCCAUCAUCUGAAUGCAUGCUUAGAAAUGUGUCAAUUCGUCUUGCUCAGCAAAUAUCUGAUGAGGCUUCAAGAUAUAUGCCUGAUAUUUGUGUAAUUAGAGCUAUACAAAAAAUUAUCUGGGCAUCAGGAUGUGGGGCAUUACAGCUAGUAUUUAGCCCAAAUGAAGAAAUCACUAAAAUUUAUGAGAAGACCAAUGCAGGCAAUGAGCCAGAUUUGGAAGAUGAACAGGUUUGCUGUGAAGCAUUGGAGGUGAUGACGUUAUGUUUUGCCUUGAUUCCGACAGCCUUAGAUGCUCUUAGUAAAGAAAAGGCUUGGCAGACAUUCAUUAUUGAUUUACUGUUGCACUGUCACAGCAAAACUGUUCGCCAGGUGGCACAGGAGCAGUUCUUUUUAAUGUGCACCAGAUGUUGCAUGGGACACAGGCCUUUACUUUUCUUCAUUACUCUGCUCUUCACCGUUUUGGGGAGCACAGCCAGAGAGAGAGCUAAACAUUCAGGCGACUACUUUACUCUUUUAAGGCACCUUCUUAAUUAUGCUUACAAUAGUAAUAUUAAUAUACCCAAUGCUGAAGUUCUUCUCAAUAAUGAAAUUGAUUGGCUUAAAAGAAUUAGGGAUGAUGUUAAAAGAACAGGUGAAACGGGUGUUGAAGAGACAAUCUUGGAAGGCCACCUUGGGGUAACAAAAGAGUUACUGGCCUUUCAAACCCCUGAGAAAAAAUAUCAUAUUGGUUGUGAAAAAGGAGGUGCUAAUCUUAUUAAGGAAUUAAUUGAUGAUUUCAUCUUCCCUGCAUCCAAUGUUUACCUACAGUAUAUGAGAAAUGGAGAACUGCCAGCUGAACAGGCUAUUCCAGUCUGUAGUUCACCAGCUACCAUUAAUGCAGGCUUUGAGUUACUUGUAGCAUUAGCUGUUGGCUGUGUGAGGAACCUCAAACAGAUAGUAGAUUCUUUGACUGAAAUGUACUACAUUGGCACAGCAAUAACUACUUGUGAAGCACUUACUGAGUGGGAAUAUCUGCCACCUGUUGGACCCCGCCCACCAAAAGGAUUUGUGGGGCUGAAAAACGCUGGUGCUACUUGUUAUAUGAAUUCUGUGAUUCAGCAACUCUACAUGAUUCCGUCCAUUAGGAAUGGUAUUCUUGCAAUUGAAGGCACAGGUAGCGAUGUAGAUGAUGAUAUGUCUGGGGAUGAGAAGCAGGACAACGAGAGCAAUGUUGAUCCCAGAGAUGAUGUAUUUGGAUACCCUCAACAAUUUGAAGAGAAACCAGCAUUAAGUAAAACAGAAGAUAGGAAAGAGUACAAUAUUGGUGUUCUAAGACACCUUCAGGUCAUCUUUGGUCAUUUAGCUGCUUCUCGACUACAGUACUAUGUGCCCAGAGGAUUUUGGAAACAGUUCAGGCUUUGGGGUGAGCCUGUUAAUCUUCGUGAACAACAUGAUGCUUUAGAAUUUUUUAAUUCAUUGGUGGAUAGUUUAGAUGAAGCUUUGAAAGCCUUAGGACACCCAGCUAUGCUAAGUAAAGUUUUAGGAGGUUCCUUUGCUGAUCAGAAGAUUUGCCAAGGCUGCCCACAUAGAUACGAGUGUGAAGAAUCUUUUACGACUUUGAAUGUAGACAUUAGAAAUCACCAAAAUCUUCUUGAUUCUUUGGAACAAUAUGUCAAAGGAGAUUUAUUAGAAGGUGCAAAUGCUUAUCAUUGUGAAAAAUGCAAUAAAAAGGUUGAUACUGUAAAGCGCUUGCUUAUUAAAAAAUUACCUCCUGUUCUCGCUAUCCAACUAAAACGAUUCGACUAUGACUGGGAAAGAGAAUGUGCAAUCAAGUUUAAUGAUUACUUUGAAUUUCCUCGCGAACUGGACAUGGAACCUUACACAGUUGCCGGUGUUGCAAAGCUGGAAGGAGAUAACGUAAACCCAGAGAGUCAGUUGAUACAACAGAAUGAGCAGUCUGACAGUGAGCCAGCAGGAAGCACGAAAUACAGACUUGUGGGGGUGCUUGUACACAGCGGUCAGGCGAGCGGGGGACAUUACUACUCUUACAUCAUUCAGAGGAACGGAGGAGAUGGCGAGAGAAAUCGCUGGUAUAAAUUUGAUGAUGGAGAUGUAACUGAAUGUAAAAUGGAUGACGAUGAAGAAAUGAAAAACCAGUGUUUUGGUGGAGAGUACAUGGGAGAAGUAUUCGAUCACAUGAUGAAGCGCAUGUCAUACAGGCGCCAGAAAAGGUGGUGGAAUGCUUAUAUACUUUUUUAUGAACGAUUGGACACAAUAGACCAAGAUGAUGAGUUGAUAAGGUAUAUAUCAGAGCUUGCUAUCACCACAAGACCCCAUCAGAUCAUUAUGCCAUCAGCCAUUGAGAGAAGUGUACGGAAACAGAAUGUGCAAUUCAUGCAUAACCGAAUGCAGUACAGUACGGAAUAUUUUCAGUUUAUGAAAAAACUGCUUACAUGUAAUGGUGUUUGCUUAAAUCCUCCUCUAGGGCAAGAUCACCUGUUGCCUGAAGCAGAAGAAAUCACUAUGAUUAGUAUUCAGCUUGCCGCUAGGUUCCUCUUUACCACAGGAUUUCACACCAAGAAAGUAGUCCGUGGCUCUGCCAGUGAUUGGUAUGAUGCAUUAUGUAUUCUCCUUCGUCACAGCAAGAAUGUACGUUUUUGGUUUGCUCACAAUGUCCUUUUUAAUGUUUCAAAUCGCUUCUCUGAAUACCUUCUGGAGUGCCCUAGUGCAGAAGUGAGAGGUGCAUUUGCAAAACUUAUAGUUUUUAUUGCACAUUUUUCCUUGCAAGAUGGGCCAUGUCCUUCACCUUUUGCAUCUCCAGGACCUUCUAGUCAGGCUUAUGACAACUUAAGCCUGAGUGAUCACUUACUAAGAGCAGUACUAAAUCUACUGAGAAGAGAAGUUUCAGAGCAUGGGCGUCAUUUACAGCAGUAUUUCAACCUGUUUGUAAUGUAUGCCAAUUUAGGUGUGGCGGAGAAGACACAGCUUCUGAAAUUGAGUGUACCUGCUACCUUUAUGCUUGUGUCUUUAGAUGAAGGUCCAGGUCCUCCAAUCAAGUAUCAGUAUGCUGAAUUAGGCAAAUUAUACUCAGUAGUGUCACAGCUAAUCCGAUGCUGCAAUGUCUCGUCAAGAAUGCAGUCUUCAAUCAACGGUAAUCCUCCUCUUCCCAAUCCUUUUGGUGAUCCUAAUUUAUCACAACCUAUAAUGCCAAUUCAGCAGAAUGUGGCAGACAUUUUAUUUGUGAGGACAAGUUAUGUGAAGAAAAUCAUUGAGGACUGCAGUAACUCAGAGGAAACCGUCAAAUUGCUUCGUUUUUGCUGCUGGGAGAAUCCUCAGUUCUCAUCUACUGUCCUCAGUGAACUUCUCUGGCAGGUUGCAUAUUCCUAUACUUAUGAACUCCGGCCCUAUUUGGAUCUGCUUUUGCAGAUCUUACUGAUUGAGGACUCCUGGCAGACUCACAGAAUUCAUAAUGCACUUAAAGGAAUCCCAGAUGACCGAGAUGGGCUCUUUGACACAAUCCAGCGCUCUAAGAAUCACUAUCAAAAAAGAGCAUACCAGUGUAUAAAAUGUAUGGUAGCUCUCUUUAGCAAUUGUCCUGUUGCUUACCAGAUUCUGCAGGGCAAUGGAGAUCUUAAAAGAAAGUGGACCUGGGCAGUGGAAUGGCUUGGAGAUGAACUUGAAAGACGACCAUACACUGGCAAUCCUCAGUACACUUACAACAAUUGGUCUCCUCCGGUGCAAAGCAAUGAAACAUCAAAUGGUUAUUUCUUGGAGAGAUCCCAUAGUGCUAGGAUGACACUUGCAAAAGCUUGUGAACUCUGUCCAGAGGAGGAGCCAGAUGACCAAGAUGCCCCUGAUGAGCAUGAGUCACCUCCACCUGAAGACGCCCCGUUAUACCCCCAUUCACCUGGAUCUCAGUAUCAGCAGAAUAACCAUGUGCAUGGACAGCCGUAUACAGGCCCAGCAGCACAUCACAUGAACAACCCUCAGAGAACUGGCCAACGAGCACAAGAAAAUUAUGAAGGCAGUGAAGAAGUAUCCCCACCUCAGACGAAGGAUCAGUGAAAUGCACAUGAUUAACUGGUUCCAUCAAGACUGUGCACCCAGGCCUUACAGUCCAACCUUUUUCUGUGUCUGGCUAAUAUUUAAAACUAGAAAAACUAUUCCUAAUCAACAUGGAGUGGAAAGUUUAUUCACUGUCUUACCUGCAGAAAUUUGCUGUCAAUAUAUAACCCGCCUGCAGUGGAAAGUGUAUAGUGUUUUGUAAUAAAUGGCCUGAUGCUAACGUGUAAAUGGCAAAGGUGUAUAUAGUAUAUUAAUGUUUGACUGUUAAUUCUUAAGCAAGAAACUUUUUUCUUGAUGAGACUCACAGAUCUACAAAACCUACAGAAGUUAAUUUCCUUGUUAUACCCAUUGCACUCUGCAACCAGUGUUGCCUGCCUUAACGGCAGUUGGAUCAACUCCUUUACAAAAACAAAAAAUAAACCAACAGCAACAAACCAGAGCCCAUCCAUUUCAACCACACCAAUAGUUUCAUGUUAAUUCUUUGCCACUGGAGUCAGUUUUAUUAUGAGCAGUGAAAGGCUGGUAACCUUUAAAUUAUUUGGUUGAUGUGGAAAAUUUGGUGAUGUAACAUUGUUUCUAGAUCUUUUUCAUUGCCUUUUUAUUCUGAGGUUAGGUUAAUCACUUUGAAGCUAUAGUUACGCUGUAACAUGUAGCAUGGCUUCACACCAGGUUAGUGUAGCCAAUGAGGAAAAAAUUACCAUAAUGACAGCAGUUGUCCCAGUGCGACAGCUGUAUUGCUCAGAGCUUUUCCGUCUUACACCUAGAAUAUAAAAUACAAAACAAGGGGAGAAAUGUGAUAAACAGGUGGUUUUCAGUUACACAUAUGUUGCUUACAUCUAAUGUUUGACAGUUCAACCUCUGGGUGGGAUAAGGAAACUUAAGUAUCAGUAAUGGGAAUUUUAAAAGAUUUAAAACAAAUAUGCAAAAAUUUGCUAUGCCAGGAUGCUUGGAGCAUAAUAGAAGACUGUAUUUGGUGUGCUUGUUCUGUUUCUUUGGUAGAGCUUAUUAGGAGAACCUUUUAAAACUUUCCUUCUGCUGGAUCCCAGUGAAGUGGAAGUCAUCAGAAUCCCACAGUGCUUGGAGUACCACUGCACCAAGAUGUCUGGCUGAGCUUCUGCUCAGUCACAGUUUUACUUGAAAGCAAGAAUUGUCCUAGCUCCUUUUCCAUUAUUCCGAAAAUUUUAACAUUUGAAGCAGGGUCUAAUUAAAAACGAAACUGGUUAGUUAAUAUAAUUGAGGUAUAAUUUCAGAAUAAGCAUUUAAUUAAAGGUAAGGAACUCAUGAAUUAAUACUGUAUUUAAAAGAAUUGGUAACUUGAAUGUGUGUAAUUUUUUGGAACCUGUCUAAAAACCAAAUACCCCUGCAAACAGAUACAGUCCACCCUAUUCUAUUUAAAUAUUUUGCUGUUUUAUUUUAUAGAAAUUAUUUUGCUGAAUUCACAAAUAGAAUUUGAUUUAAGAAGAA